UUUUUUCUUCUUAAAUUUUGGCUUCUUAUCUUCUUCCCUUAUCAUUUUCUUCCACCAUUAAAAUUUCUUUUCUGGUAUAAUUGCUCUCAUUUAUUUUUAUUCUUUUUCAUCUUCUAUCACUCCCCGGAGAUACUUUCCACCUGGUGGAAACCGCCUUUAUCUCAUCGUCAUCCAAAAGUCUUCCCAAGCUAGAUACGAGCAUCAUGUAAUGAAGACUUAAUCUGAUGACAUAUUGGUAUGUGUUGUGCUCUUGCUUACUUAGACAUAAAGGUAUAUAUUUUUGUUUCCUUUUGAUGCAGAUGGUCAAGUUGAGGAGUUCAAGCCUUAUGUAACUACCCCAAACCUUAUGUAACCCGCCGCAACGUUCGGGGGUAAAUUCUAGGUUAUCAGAGAAUUACAAAUCUUUUUAUUUAGAUUUACACGGCCUAACCAUAGUAUCCCUGUGACAGUUUGGUGAUUUUCCUAGCCACCCUAGAACAUUAACCUGUAAAAAUUUCAAAACCGUGACGUCUUGUGAGAAAAAGUUGUUUCUUAUGUUCUCUUGUCCAUGUGCUCCAAAGGAUGAGUGAGUUCAGUUUGAGUUUCCAUAAAUCUAGUGAAUCCAUAUGCUCCGGGUUGGUGAUGAGCUGUAGCGCAAUCUAGUGACGACAUCUAUUUUGGCUACAAAGGGUCAUAGGUUCGAACCUUGAUGGCGGUUGGUGCUGGAGAAAGGAUAGUUAAGAGAAAUGCUCUUAUCAACUUAGUGUCACUCAAGAGUCAAAACUCAAAACUAAUCUCAUAUCCUUAAACCCUAAUCCAUACAAACCCAAUAAAUACCAAACCAUAAAUACCUGCCCACAAAAACCCCCACCCCAAAUCCCAAUCCUUCAAGAAAAUGGAAAUCACAACAAUGGCACAAGCAACACAAUUACAUGCCCAAUUACUUAAAAACCACCCACAAACACACCCACAAUUAACCUUAACCAAAAUUUUCAAUUUCACAGCUUUAUCACCAUCAGGAAACUUAACAUAUGCACACCAAAUUCUCAAAUCCCUUCAAACCCACCCAUCAAAUUCAUAUUUCCACAAUACCCUUAUUCGGGCUUAUUCGGAUUCACCUGACCCGUUUCACUCAAUUGAUUUUUUCGUUAAUUGGCUUAUGUCUGAUGACCCAUUUGGCCCAAACCCUGAUAGGUUUACUUUUCCAUUUGUACUUAAAUCUUGUGCUAAGUUGAAGUUGAAAAGAUUAGGAAAACAGGUUCAUGGGUUGGUUUUGAAGUCCGGGUUGGGUUUGGAUUUGUAUGUUCAAAAUGGGUUGAUUAGUUUUUAUUCUGGGUGUGAGUUAAUUGGGUUUGCGCGUAAGGUGUUUGAUGAAAUGCCUGAGAGAGAUGUGGUCUCUUGGACUGCGGUUAUUAAUGGGUUGGUGGAGAAUAAGAAGGCGGUUGAGGGUUUACGUGUGUUUGAACGGAUGGAAAGGGACGGGGUUGAGCCGAAUAGUGUGACAGUUGUGGCGGUUCUUAGAGCGUGUGCUGAGACUGGAGCGUUGAGUGUUGGGAGGAAGUUGGAUAGGUUGGUUAGUGGUAGAGGGGGAAAGUUGAAGAAGAAUGUUGUUACGGGUCUUAUUGAUAUGUAUUCGAAAUGUGGGUGUAUAUAUAGUGCGGUAAGGGUUUUUGAUGGUGCGGGUGAUAGAGAUGUUUAUGUUUGGACUGCUAUGAUUUCGGGUCUUGCUAGUCAUGGACAGUGUAAGGAAGCUGUCGAGUUGUUUAAAAAGAUGGAGAGCGUUGGUUUGAAGCCAGAUGAGAAGACAAUGACGGCUGUGUUGUCGGCUUGUAGGAAUAUGGGUUGGGUUGAUGAAGGUUUAAUGCAUUUUGAGAAUAUUAGGAAAGUGUAUAAACUAAGACCGACUGUACAACAUUACGGGUGUGUAGUAGAUUUGCUGGCUCGAGCUGGGAGACUAGAAGAUGCUGAAAAUUUCAUCAAAUCCAUGUCCAUUGAACCCGAUGCUGUUUUAUGGAGAUCUUUGAUAUGGGGUUGCAAGGUUCAUGGGGAUAGCGAGAGAUUGGAACAUUUGAUAAAACAUUUUGAAGGUUCUAGUAUGGAUGCUUGUGAUGACUGUGGAACAUAUGUAUUGCUUGGUAACGUAUAUGCAUCUAACGGAAAGUGGAAGGAUAAAGCGAAUGUGAGACGAUUAAUGAAUAAAAAAGGGCUUGUUAAACCAUCAGGGUACAGCCGGAUUGAGAUUAAUGGUGUUAUCUAUGAAUUUACAGCUGGAAGUACUUGUAACACUGAGGCUGAAAAUAUUUAUAAAAAGUUGGAUGAAAUAGAGGAGACGUUGAGGGAAAAUGGGUAUGAUCCUAAAGUAUCGGAUGUAUUACUUGAAAUAGACGAUGAAGAGAAAGCAACACAACUACUUCACCAUAGUGAAAAACUUGCAGUUUCAUUUGGACUAAUAAAAACUGAGCCAGGAACCAUAAUUAGGAUUGUUAAGAAUCUACGAUCGUGUGAGGAUUGCCACUCUUUUAUGAAACACAUUUCAAGUGUUUACCAACGAGAGAUAUUAAUUAGGGAUCGUAUACGUUUCCAUCAUUUUACUAAUGGAAAGUGCUCUUGUGGGGAUUAUUGGUAAUAAGAACAAUAAAAAAGGGUGGAGGUCAAAGUACAAUUCUCUUAUGAAGACUAGACACUUUGGACUCCAAAGCUCUGUAAUUUUUGCAGUUUUGUUUAAAAAGCAGCUUGUAAUCUUAGAGUGUAUUUUGGAAACAAUUGAGAUGGAUUGCUACACUAGAUGCGGAGCAAAUUAUUUUGAUCUAUUGGCAGAGAGAUAGAAAGGACUGGAGAAACAAGAACCAGGUUGUCUGCUUGGAGGAGUCUCAUACGGAUGACGUGUCACAGUGAACUUAUCCAUUUCCAAGGUUCCACCUUAAGCUGGUCAAGAAACGAUGAACUGCAACCUCUCUAUUUAACUUGCACCAAUGUAAUUAGCUACAACAAUAAAGUAGUAAAAUGUCUAAUUUUGUGUUAAUAGAGUUAUGUAUGUUAUGCCCUUUGCAAUAUCAUUGUUCUCAAAGUGAAAGAAAAUUCUCUUUUGUUGUGGCAA